AGCCAAAUAAGUAAUGAAGUAUUGACGGUGGCUAUGUCAACUAAUUGUUAAUACCUUUUUUUUGGUAUAAAGAUAUUUUAAGGAAACCUUAUGUUCUUGGAACUCUAAGAGAUCUUUUUGCGCCAUCUGUCGGUCACUAAAGGGAAGUAAACAAAAAUAUUGCGUCACUGGAAAAAGACAAAAUGGCGACUGAAAUAGACAAUGUAACGGAAAACCAACAGAAAGAUGAGGAAAUUUCUGAUGUAGAGAAAUUACUACGGAGUUGGAGACAUGUGAUUAUACUCUUAGAUAGAGUGCUAACAUGGCAAAAACCAUUCUAUCCUUAUGCAUUGGUUGGAGCUGUUACCUUCCAAUUUGUAUUGUUGUGGUUAUUUGAUCCCUCUGUGUUGACGAUGAUUUCUUUGACUAUUAUGAAGCUCUGUUUACUUGAUUACCUCGUUCCUACAUUCUGUAACAAAUACUUGGAUAAUAAGGAAUGGACUCCUGAUAAUGAACGUCAGUAUCAACACGUCUGCAUGGACAUUGUGGACACUAAACGAUUUAUUCGUGGUCGUUUCAACUCAUUGAUGAAGUUACGUGAUGAGAAACCUAAGCAGUAUUUUAUACUGGUGAUGAUAAUAUUAUCAGUGGUUGCAUUCAUCGGUAACAUUAUACCUAAUAUUCUCUUGGGUUAUCUCUUUGGUGUGUUCUUGGUCUUACUUCCGGGGUUGAAACAUCAUGGACUGUUAGCUAAAUACUAUGCUCUCAUACUAGAAAAAAUUGGUGGCAUCCUACGCAAGAAGAAGAAGGAAUAAAAAAAGUUGCUGCAAAGUUACUCUAUCGCACUCUCGACUGUACCUCACAUCAGAUAAUACAGUGAAAACAUUGCACCACUUUGAAAAAUGUUUUUUUGCAUACCAAAAAAUGUGUGUUUUUUAUUUGUGGUAGGCUAAGGUAGAC